AUGAAAAAAUCAACAGCUACUGUGGCUGUUCAAAUAGAGGAUCUCUUUAUUGUCAAAUUGUCCAUUGUUAUGCCAUUUCUUAUUCCAUUACUCACUAAAUAUGUCAAAAUUCAUUCCUUUCUUGUUGAUACAAUUCGUACAUUGAUGCCGUGCCUAAUAUCUAAUGUCGAAGAUCUACCUAAUGUAUGGAUUAUGAAACAAGUCGGAAAUGUAGUUAAAGAAAGAUUAAGAUCUGGAACGAAACAAUUAGAUUUACUUCAACUGAUGUUAGAUGCAGCAACUGAUGAUGAAGUCAAAGAUCAUGAUGACAACGAACUGAUGUUAAAACAUUUGCAUUAUACUGAAGUAUUGAUGAACGUUUUUCUUUUUAUGGUUGCUGGCUUCGAUACAACUGCAACAAUGCUAGCGUUUUGCACUUAUAUUUUAGCUACAAAAGCUGAAGUUCACAAAAAACUACAAGCAGAAAUUGAUGAACAUUGGCAAGAUAACAGAAAAGAACUCAAUUAUGAUGUGAUUGCUAAUAUGCCAUAUAUGGAUAUGUUCUUACGUGAAAUACUUCGAAUGUACUCAUUUUUAGGUAGAGUAACAAUUCGAGAAUGCAAUGAAACAACAGUUAUUUGCGGUCAUCUAAUUGAAAAAGGUACGAUAAUUAUGCCGGACGUUCAUUCGGUUCACCACAAUAUCGAUCUCUGGGGACCAGAAGAUGUUAAUCGUUUUAUUCCCGAACGUCAUGCUGUAAAACGUCAUCCUGCAGCCUUAAUAGCAUUUGGUAUUGGACCUCGAAAUUGUAUUGGUAUGAGAUUUGCUUUGAUGGCAUUAAAAAUGUCUUUGACAUAUUUGUUACAUACAUAUAAUAUUCUACCUGGUGAAAAGAUCUAUCAAGGGAUGACUCUACGAGAAACGAAUGUUACUGAACCUGAAGCCAUCAAUGUACGACUUGAAAAACGAUUGAAAUAA